AUGAAUCAGCAAUCAGACCCCAACUGCGGCUUCGCGACAACCCCUUCUGGAGAUUGCGGAAAUUUCAACCAAAAUGGCCUCGCCCCAAUGAUCGCCCAGCCUGAAAUGCCACCAGCCCCCAUCCCACAGCAAGGAAACCUUGUGGCACCCCAAACGAGCUUCGUCGGACCCGAGGGCCAAGCUGGACCCUUGCUACAGCCCUAUCCAGAACAAGUGCAAGUCGCGCAGCCCCAGCCAACUCUCGCUCCUGAACAAUACGCGCAGCAGGGCAAUGACUAUGAUAUCAACGACGGUCUAUCUACUGGUGUCCGCGGGCGACGAAGGGCUGCUGCAGCAAAAACAGAAAAGACUGACUCCCCCCUAACCGUCCGCGAAAUCGAAGCCAGCGAGAAGCUAGAGGGACUCGACGAAAAAUUGAGGGAGGAAGCUAAAAUGGCGGAGAAAGUGGAGGAACGGGUCCUGUCGCAAAAGUGCAACGAUGAGCGUCUCCGAAAAAUUAUUAUGGAGAACGUCGACAAGAACCCCUCUGCGUCGAAGCGAAAGAUUCAAAAGGCGGCUGCCACGGAAAUUGGAGGGCUAUUUGACGUAGUUUGUUCCCAACACGACUUCUCCUAUUUGGCAAAUACACAACUGUUUUGCGAGGCCGGGAAUGAGGACGUUACGUGCUUCGCCUUCCUGCACUCGAUCUUGCCU